AUGGCCUCCAUCACAACAGACGCCAUAGACUUCACGCUCAUGGCUGAGGCUCAGCGAUCGGAUGACGAGCUCUCCCAAUACCGCCACGAGGACUCUUCUUUACGCCUCCAAGAUGUUCCCCUUCCCACUGGGACUGGCACCAUAACGUGUGAUCUUUCUACCGGACAUGAACGUCCCUUUGUCCCUGCAACUUUACGACGACAAGUGUUCAACGCCCUUCACAAUCUAUCCCACCCUGGAGUCCGGGCGACAGUGAAACUCAUCACUGACCGAUUCGUCUGGCCCAACAUCAAUCGGGAUGUACAGCGUUGGACCCGAUCCUGUCUGUCAUGUCAGCGAGCCAAAACGCAUCGGCAUGCUCUUACUCCGCCAGGAACUUUCGUCACGCCUGAUGCACGCAUCAGUCAUGUGCAUAUUGACCUGGUAGGUUCGCUGCCACCAUCUAACGGUUCUACCUAUAUGCUGACAUGCAUUGAUCGCUUUACUCGCUGGCCGGUUGCUGUGCGUAUUCCGGACAUCAGUGCCGAAACCGUAGCAAGAGCUUUCUUGACUCAUUGGGUGUCCACUUUUGGAGUUCCUGCGAUUGUCACCACUGACCGCGGAUCCCAAUUCGAGUCCACGCUGCUUCGCGAACUCACAUGCCUUCUGGGCACCAACCGAAUACGAACAACAGCGUACCACCCUCAAGCAAAUGGUCUCAUCGAACGCUUCCAUCGACAGCUUAAGACUUCCCUUAGGGCCCAGCCCGAUCCUUCCCGAUGGUCUGAUCACCUUCCCCUGGUGCUGUUGUCCCUCCGUUCCACUCUCAAGGCCGACAUCGGUUGCACUGCAGCUGAUCUUGUCUACGGAAACUCCCUACGACUGCCCGGUGAGUUAGUGUCUCCCUCAAACAUGCUAACGUUUUUCGAGCCUUGCAGUUAUUUGUAGCAGCUGCGUAGUGUCAUACGCAAACUCCGCGCAACGCCCGCUCGGGCGUCACCGGCCAAUUCCUUCAUCCCUUCCGACCUGGAUAAGUGCGAUUUCGUCUUGGUUCGGCAUGACGCUGUCCGACGACCACUCCAACCCCCUAUGACGGGCCGUAUAAAGUCCUUCGUCGAUCUGAGAAAGACGUUGUCAUCGACCGCAACGGCAAGACCGACACAGUCAGCAUUGAUCGCGUCAAGCAAGCCUACAUCGACGACAGUGACCUUUCCUCACACCAACACUGUACCCCGCCGCAAACAGUGGUGCCUCCGACUUCUGGCGACAGUCCCCCUCCGUUUCGCCGCACACGAUCUGGCCGUCACGUCCACUUGCCCGACAGGUUUGUGGCUGGCUAG